CCAGGGCGAAAUGGCUAUCCGGGUCCGAUUGGUAUGGAUGGAAAGCUGGGUCAACCUGGUCCUCAAGGUCCUCCUGGUCCAAAAGGGGAGAAGGGAGAUCAAGGUGAUCAGGGCCCUCGGGGUCUGCCAGGCUUCCCCACAGUCGCUGCUCUGCACAGUAAUCAGAUCCUCACCGUCAAGAUGGUGUUUCCUAAAAUCAAUCAUGGGUUUCUCUCUGCUGAUCAGCAGCUCAUUAAACGCCGCCUCAUUAAGGGGGACCAAGGACAGGCUGGACCCCCUGGUCCUCCAGGGCCACCAGGACCCCGAGGUCCUCCAGGAGAUACUGGGAAAGAUGGCCCCCGAGGGAUGCCUGGAGUACCGGGAGAGCCAGGAAAACCAGGCGAGCAAGGAUUGCUGGGACCUCAGGGGCCUCCAGGACAAAAGGGGUCUCUUGGAGUGCCUGGUAUUCCAGGAAAGGACGGACAAACGGGUGAUCCAGGUUUGCCCGGUGCAGUUGGAGAAAGGGGAACACCUGGACUUAAGGGUGAUCCAGGAGAACGCGGAGAAAAGGGUGAUGCUGGAGAAAAUGGACCCAAAGGUGCCAUGGGUGAAAAGGGUGACCCUGGAUCAUCUGCUGCAGGAAUUAAGGGAGAACCUGGAGAAUCUGGUCGUCCAGGACAAAAGGGUGAACCAGGUCUCCCUGGGCUUCCUGGACUCCCUGGGAUAAAGGGUGAGCCAGGUUUCAUUGGUCCACAGGGAGAACCUGGGCUACCAGGAUUACCAGGAACAAAGGGUGAGAAAGGGGAGUCAGGACCUCCUGGGAAAGGUGAACGAGGUGAACCUGGAGCUACUGGACCAAAGGGGAAAACAGGUGAACCUGGAACUAGAGGCCCAAAGGGGUCAAAGGGUGACACUGGUGACAAAGGUGAUACCGGUGCACUAGGUCCAAGGGGCCCACCUGGACAAAAGGGUGAUCAAGGUGCAACAGAGAUCAUUGACUAUAAUGGCAACAUCCAUGAAGCUCUGCAGAGGAUUACUACUCUAACUGUCACGGGGCCACCAGGGCCACCAGGACCUCAAGGACUACAAGGACUAAAGGGUGAACCAGGAUCCCCAGGAAUUCCAGGAGCUGAUGGGGAUCAGGGUCAGAAAGGCUCAAAGGGAGACGUGGGUGAGCCUGGCAUGUCAGGAGAAAAGGGUGGAAUUGGACUGCCCGGCUUACCAGGAGCCAAUGGUAUGAAAGGAGAAAAAGGAGAUGUUGGUUUGCCGGGUCCUCAAGGUCCUUCUAUCAUAGGACCACCUGGAUCACCAGGUCCACAUGGUCCACCAGGCCCUAUGGGACCCCAUGGACUGCCUGGCCCAAAGGGUGAACCAGGGUUGAAUGGUCUUAAAGGAUUGAAGGGUGAACCAGGUCAAAAGGGUGACAGAGGGCCCCUGGGUCUUCCAGGAGCAUCUGGCUUAGAUGGGAAGCCAGGACCCCGGGGUAUAGAUGGCCCAAUUGGUCCACACGGCCCCGCAGGUCCUAAAGGAGACAGAGGUGAAAAGGGAGCUGUAGGUGACCCUGGACCCAGAGGACCAUAUGGUUUGCCUGGCAAAGAUGGCGAGCCUGGCCUUGAUGGUUUCCCUGGUCCUCGAGGAGAAAAGGGUGAUGUAGGAGAAAAGGGAGAAAAGGGGGAAAAGGGAAAGAAAGGCAAAAAGGGGCCUAAAGGGGAGAAAGGAGAACAGGGUGCCCCUGGAUUAGAUGCACCUUGCCCAUUGGGGCCAGAUGGAUUACCAAUGCCUGGCUGUUGGCAAAAGUGAUGAAUCUAACCUUACAAGCAUGAAGUUGUGUAUAUACUGCUCCACUUUUUGUAUUUAUAGUUAAAAACUGAAAAUUGAUUUUACAAGUUUGAGAUAUGUUUACAUGUAGCUGCUUCUACUUGUUUGCAGUUGUCCAUGUGUACAUCUUUUCUUCACUUACAUCUGCAGUUAGUCACUAUAUAACUGCGUGAAAAACUUGUAGAAACAAAGAUUAGUUUCUAUAUAGAGAUGUAUCUAUACAGAAACUAAUCAUGGGGAUCUUAUUAUUUCUGUUAAUCUUCUUCUUUUCUUUUCAUUUCUUUUCUUUUCUUUUUUUUUUCUCUUUUGGCUUGUGGACCUGCAUGGACGAGUGCCAUGAACUAGUUUACAUGAAAUUGUGACCAAAUAUGAGCUAAAUGCUAUGAAAUGUACUGUACCAACUACCAUUGGAGUUUACUGACUUAGCUUCCAUGUUCAUCUUAAACACCAUCACUGAUCCAUGCUACCACACUUGCUUGUACAGACUAAAAAAAAGCAUGAAUUGUGUGCCAAACCUGCUUGCUAUGUGAUUACUUCACAUGCUAAAAUGGCUGCUCACUGUGACCUUUGAUUCAAACUGCUGAAUUUUUUCCUUUUGUCAUCUCAAGGGGGUCACACCAUGGCUUAUUGCCAAAAAGAGAUAAAGCAGAGGAGAUUAGAAACAGGUCUUGAAUUUUUGGGGAACACAGUUCCAACUGCAGGUGGACGGCUUCCAGUUUUGUGGGUCCUGUGACCCUUUUGGUCAAGAAGGUCGUGCCUAUUGAUCAGCUUCGGAUUUUCUUGCACUGCUCGCAGUCCUGAAGACAUUCGAGACAGAUGGGUUUUGAUAUCUGGUCUUGUUGACCAUUUAAUCAAGAAGAGAAGAGGUUUGAAGAAGAAAGCACACUUGCUUUGCGGUUAGUUUGAACAGGUUACAAAGAUGCUGAGUGGAUCAUUUAAUGGCAGACACCACUUGGGACAAGAAGCUUCAUGACCUCAUUAAAGGAUUGACAUGCUAUGUGUCCCAUGUAUUGAAUUUUGGAAUUGCCAAAGGAAAGAGCAUCCUUGGGAAUGGGGGCGUUGUGUAACACUCCCCUCUUGGGGGUAAUGGAACUGAUCAGAUACAUAUGCACUGCAGUGUGGUUUUAGGAUGAUCCCAUUUAAAUAACACAUUUUGUUGAACUUUUCUGCAGUUUUGGAAGCUAUGGUUAAUGUUUUUCUGCUUUUUCCUCAUAAGCAUUUCCAUAAAAAAUACUUUUGGUAAUCUAAUUGACAAUUGUUUUGAUGGCUUUGAAGGAAUUUCUUCAAAUCAUUGGUUCCUCUUGUUUCAGUAUUAUCUGUUCUUACAAUAUUUGAAGCCUUUUAUUCUGAAAAAAAAUAAGAUUUUACUUUCACAAGCUGAUUCAUUGACAUGAUUCUUCUUCUACAGUUGCUGGACAUUGUUGCCCAAAGAACAUAGAAAAGGAAUGAGCCUAAGUGACUGUCAUUGUAUGGUAGUCACAGUUCACUUUAUAAGGUGUAAUUAUUUUUCCAUUUCUGAUCAAAUGAGUCAGACACAAAAGAAGCGGAGACUAAGUUCUGUUUCUCUACAUUCUAAUAAUUGGAAAUGUUAAAUUUGGGUAUAUUUGUAGUUUUAGCUCCGCGAAACUUCUUUUCUUUCACUCACAGUUCUGAGUCUUCAUACGGUGCAUUUGUGCUCAGAUUGAGAGAUUAUAUGAAUACAUAUAUUUUUUAUCUAUUCAGAUGAUUUUGGGUAUUGAGAUGAUCUCAAACAUUUUUAUUUAAAUUUCUAAAAAGUUUUUCAUAUGCAGACCAAAACUAAAGUUGCAGAAGAAAAGAGCCUGUCUCCAUUCAUAUGUAGGCACCUUGCCAUACCUGGAAAAAGGCAUCGUUUGUCACUCAGUAGAUUUGUAGCUCUUCUGGAAACGGGGACCUGUCAGAUAGGUGGGGGGUUUUUAAUACUACAUUAGAAUCUUUAGUGAAUAGACCCUAUGCUCUAAGCCUAUAGAAUAUAGGCCCACUAUACAGAAUGUUAUUUUUUAUCUUCAUUUCAGCAUAUUAAGCCAUAUCGAAAAUAGCCUUUUAAAGAGAGAAAUAUAUUUCUACAAUUUUAUAUUAUAAAUAAGGACCUUUUCCAUGAAGUUCUUCAUCUUAUAGUUUCCUACAAAAAUGGUCUGCAGGUGUAAACAUUUAGCAAAAAAAAAAACCCAUCAAGCCAUCCUAGCAGCAAGGACCAUAACAGAAGUAAUAUUUUGCUCUGUCUAAUCUAACUUCUCAGAAACAACUCCAGCAAACUUAAUAUUAUAAUAAUUUUUGUAUAAAAUGGCCUUAGAAUUACACAGAGCUGGUAUGUGGUGUAAUACCUCUGGGUGCCAUAGUAGUGACUUUAAUAGAAAUUUCGCACUCAGAGGUGAUUAUAAGAUCAAAAGCAUAAGCAGUAUCCCUGCCAGUCACUUCUCAGUUUUAUUCUGCAUUCCUGACAAAGAUUCAGGCUACUCUCUGGGCAGGAAUGGAAUUCCCUCCAUCCAGAUCCUGUUGUGGCACACAUUGGCUAAGUACAUUGUGGAUGUGGGGAAUUUGCAUUUGCCUCGGAAACACUAAACAUUGGAAAACACCAGAAAGAAGACUAUUGACCAGUCCAAUAUGGUAAUUUCAAUUUUCCAUUAAGGCAUUUUUCCUAGUUACCUUUUAUCUUAAUGCAUAAUAUAAUUUAGCUAAUGUUUUUACACCACACAUUAUAAUCUACAAAUAUGCUUAUAUGUUGUAUUAUAUAAGAAACUGUGCAAGAUGCAUAUGUCUUUUUUGCAGUAUUCUACAUGUGCAGAAUAAAUUUAGGAAGCUUACCAUUUAAUUCAAUGUUUUAGCACCAUGAGUUGUAGCAAAAUCUUGGAAUUGGCCAAAAAAGCAAAACAUUUUAAGAAGUAACAUGGUAAUAAAAUACUAAUAAAUGUGUGUAGUCACACCAGUAUUUGCAUUUUUUUAAAAAUGAUAUGAGAACCUGAACUUUAAACAUCAUAUUCUGUAAACAAGGAAAUGAUGAACUUAGUUCUGCUAAUUUAUAAUCACUAGUUUAAAAUACCAGUCCAUUCAGUUCUGUUGAUACCAUUUGUGACUUUAAAACAUAGAGAAAAAUGCAAUAAUCCUCUAAGUGUGAUACAGUCACUGACAGCAGUACACAGAGAACACAUAUUUAUGUAAAUUUAUUUUUUCCAAAAUAAGUUCCUUAUCUUUACUCCUUUGAAAUAAGGAACUCCCAUGAAAUAAGGAAGGUUUCUGCUUUCAGUUAUUCUUUUUUCCAUGUUUUUAAAGCUUUCACUAUGGCUAAUGCCGGGAAAGCAUCAUUCCAUUGAAAUAAUAGGAUUUUAACAGCAGAUACAUAGCGUAAUCUGACUGGUAGGAGUAAUAACAACUGUCACAAAUAUAUAUAGACAAUUAAUGGCAGUGAAAAGGUGCCUACAUCAUACCAAGUUUUACUGUGGGGAAAUCUAAACAGCAUGUAGAAAACUUUGAUAUACAGUACCAAAAAGAUCAGGUUGAGUAUUUCAUACUGUAAAGCACCCUCUGAAGACUUGCAACUUAUGUGGUUUAAAAAACACUCAUUUUUGGUGCUACUAUACCAUAUAUCACAGAGAACCUCCAUGUUUUAUUAUUGUGUUUUAUCAUCUCAUUUUUGUAGCAUUCCUUCGAUACAGUUUUGUUCUGUGUAAUUUGGGAACUGGCUGAAAAGUUUAUUGACAAGCCUUUUCAGCUGUAAAACUGUAUAGGAAGCAUGACUUCACAUAAGCUCCAUAUCCUUCGCUUCUUGUUUUGUUUUGCAAUUAUUUCUUGUUCCUUUGUUUAGGGUUUUCAGUAUAUGUUUGGCACCAACUUUCAGAUGUUUCAUUUACUGAAGCGUAGUGCAGUCGCACCAAGGAGAGUGUGCUAAAGGAACAGUACGUCUGCGAGCGCUGUUUGGAACAUGUGAUACAAAUGACCUCUGUCAUCAUUUUCAUAUCUUUGUUGUAGGGACACUUUCUUUCACAAAAGAUGUUUUGGACACUGAUUUUUAUAAAGUAAAGCAUGAAACACAGUUGGUGGAACUUUGAUGUUAAAUGUCAUUUUUUAAUAUAUAUUUUUUCUUAAUUUAUUGGUGCUUUUAGUGUCACUGUCUGACAUUCUGGUGAGGCAGUAUGAUUCUGGGCAUCCAGCUGUUUCUAUAUGUUUUCUUUGUCUACCAUAUAAGUAUUAUAGAAAAGUUUGAAAAAGGUCAAAUCAGCAUGUCUGCAUUCAUAAAAAUAAACAUGUGCUUUAAUAGCUUUAAAUGGGCUAUUCUCAAAAGUCAGUGUUAUGUUCAGCAGAGAAACAUUGAAAGUGGAGUUAUUAAGCUUUCUACUACUGCAAGCACACAAACUAGUUCAUAUUUAUUGUCUGAUUAUGACACUGGGACAGAUAAUACAGCCUUGACUCAUGCAAAUAUUCCUUACACCUUAAAGAGAGGGUGAUAUGGUGUGGUGAAUAGAGCCCUGAACUCAUAAUCAGGAGACAUAGAAUCACUUCUUUGAAGUCCACUUUGAAGUCGAUUGGAGUUAUUCCAUACCUUCGCUGGGCCAAGAUUUCAUCACUAGGUCCUUCUCCCUGCUCUUUCCCUAGCACUUGGGGCAAACUCAUGCAAGUCAUUUCACCUUCUUGCGUUACAAUAUCCUUAUCAGUAAAAUGGGGGAAAUACUACAAAUCUCCUUUGUAUACCCUUUUAAGCUGUAUAGAUAAAAUGGGCUCCAAAAGAUCUGGGUAAUCAUGAGAGAGAUUCUGUUGAGUUCAGUGGAACUACUUUGUAUAAGUCAGGACUACUUGAGUAAAGGCUGCAGGAAUGUUCUCAUUCUACUAAGUAAAUAUAAUGCUACAGGACAUGCGGAAACUAGCCUUUUCUUUCAAAUAUCCUUACCUCCACUACCUGGCUAUCUUAUAGCUUACCUGAAGAGAGCAUUUUAGUUUUCACAAAAAAAGAGUAUGUCACAAAAAUAUGGAUCUGUACAAGGAAAGAGAAACAUAAGCAAGAAUGUUGCUCAGUGGUUGUGGCUAAUUUCUUUGGCCAUUAAAGUAAUGCGCCUAAUAUCUAACUGUUAUUUCAUAGCCACUUGUUUGUAUGUAUCUAAGGAUUACUGUAGUGUGGAAACGUAUUUACUUGGUGGUUGGGGUCAUUAAGUGAUGUCACAAACAAGUGCCUGGCACCAUCAUUUCCAAUAGAAGUUGAAAAGGAUACUCCACAGAACAAGUGGAAUUUAUGUUUAAAAUACUGAGCCCGGAGUGUUAUUUGUGCUUUGUUUUGUUUUGUAUUUUAAAUACAUCAAGGUAUUGAUGCUGCUUUAGAAACAGAGUUGUCUUUCUUUGGAGAUCCAGGAGCCUUACUCAACCUGGGACCUAUAGUGUUUUAUUUGUUUAUAUUUAACUAAGAAACUGUAUGAACUUCCCAGAUGCCAUUGGUACUUGCACACUUCACUGAGGUAUUAUUGAAGGGUUUAGCUAGAAAAAGAAUGUUUUACAUUUAUGUGGAUGUUCUUAUAUUAUUGUACAUGUUUGGGAAAAUAUAAUAUUGUGCAACUUACUUUUUUUUUUUAAGAUGUAUGUAUCUGACUUUUUUCCUUUGGAAAAUACUAUAUUUUUAUUUGUAUUUUUUACUUUUUUAAGUUCAUCUAUAUGUGCAGUUAUUUUUAUAUCACAAAUGGUCUCUUGAAAAUGCAGUAGAGGAGAUAAGGCAAAGAAAAGUAAUUUGGUGAGAAUUACACUGCUUUUGGGAAAACGUGAGUCUCAUGCAAUCGAUUCUGCUACAGAUAUUUCGAGUGUCUCAUCAUUGUAAAUAUGGCACAAAACCUGUCUUGCCCAUUUCAAGGUUUAAAUUAUCCAUUUUCAUUUGUUGUUAAUUUUCAUUUUAUUGUGGCCUCUGGCUUCAUUGAACCUGAUCAAACCGCAUGCUUUUGGUUUUGUUUUUAAAAUUUCUCCCAGGUUUUCAGUUUUUAAUAUUGUUUUGUUGUAUUUGAGAUUUGUACUGGGUUUUUGUUUCUAGCUUGUGAGAAGUUGAUCUUCAGAAUUAUUUUUACACUAUUUAUGGACUUAUUUUCAUAAUGUAAAAAGUGUGUAAUUAUUAAAAUAUUAAUCCAGCCAUUAAUGCUCAUUUGCAUAGUUAUAAAGUUUUCUCGGUGUUCAUGCAAGAAAUUGUUCUGGUUUCUCUAAACUGAAAAAUACUGUAUUUAAUGUUGAGCCUAAAUGUAUCUGGAAAGAGAGUGCUGCUCAUUCUAGCUACUCUUCACACUUGUUCUAUUCCAUCAGUGUCACUCAACAUGAGGGUUAUGAAAAGCAAUCUAAAACAAAGCUGCUCCCCUAACUCUUCAUAUGCCUUUACCCUUCCAAGUCAAAUAUUUUCUGUCAGCCUCUUGAAACACAGACACAAGUGGAUUUUAUAAGGUUAUCAUUUUUACUACUGAUAUAUAGAAAUGUAAGGGCAAGAUCAUAAAUGUUUUUAACCUUGAAUAAAGGGUUGCCCACCUGAAAAAGCUGAGAAA